UGACUUGAAUAAAUACUACAUGAAGGAUGAAAUUGGAUGGUUGAGAUGCUGUGUAGUGCAGUCGCUAAUUGAGAAGAAGGUUUUUUCAUACCAGCUGCUGCUAGCAUGGAUUUUAGUGAUGUUAACAAAGUAUGGGAAAUUAAGUCUCUCAACAAAAUUGGUGAAGAUGAAGCCAGAAAGAUUCUUGAAAAAGUAGCUAAACAGGUGCAACCAAUUAUGGCUGACAGAAGAUGGAAAGUAGAGCUUCUUUCUGAAUUCUAUCCUGCCGAUCCAACCCUUUUAGGGGAAAAUAUAGGGUCGGGUGCAGAAGUUAGGCUCAGACUGCGGAGGCCUGAUCGGGACUGGGAUUUCUUCCCAUAUGAAGAGAUUCUCGAUACCAUGUUACAUGAGCUUUGCCAUAAUGAAUACGGUCCUCACAAUACUCACUUUUAUAACCUUUGGGAUGAAAUCAGGAAGGAAUGUGAAGAACUGAUGGUCAAAGGGUUCAGCGGCGACACUUACAUUCCGGAGGGUAGAAGUUCCUGUAGACCUUAUGAGAGACGACCAAGUCAAACUCUACAUGUUCAAUCUGCGGUGACCAAGGAAGCGAAAUGGCAGUGCAAUACUUGCACUUUGUUAAAUGAGCCAUUGCUAUUGCUAUGUGAAGCCUGUGGAACAAAGAAGGAAAAAGAUGUUUUAAAGUUUAAAGUUUGGUCUUGCAAAUUUUGUACUCUAGAAAACAAUAUCAAGCUUGAUAGAUGCUUAGCUUGUGGAGAAUGGAGAUUUUCACAUGGUCCACUCGUCUCCCCUUAUGCUGGGACCUAAUUGGAUGCAAGACAACAACCCUUAUCCAUAUUAUACAAGAGUCUAUUAUGUUUAUAUCUUCAAAACUUCUACGGUACACUCACAACUUUGAG